GUGUCUGGACUUCCCUGAAGACCGGCCGAGCAUUCGUGAUGUGCUGCGUCUGUUGGAGGAGGCCAGAGCUGAAUUGAGAGACGAGCAGACAGACAUGAACAAACUGGAGCUUUUGCAAGCUCUUCAGACCCAGCCCAGGAACCAGGAGAAUGUUGAGCUAGAGGGACAGCUGAGGAGAAAGGAAGCAGAGUUAGCUGAGGCCCAGGGCCAACAGAGACAGAAGGAGGAACAGCUAACAAGAACUCAGCAAUCCAGAAACUACGAACUAAGACAGAAAGUAAGUGUGCAAAGGUAUUGUGUGGCUGUUUUAUAGUUUUAUAAUUUUGCAGGAAGAACUGCUACAGUCCAGUGAAAGGGAGAAACAGAUUGUCGUGCAACAACUACAAUCCAAGAACCAGGAGAAUGCUGAGCUCCAACAACAACUAGAAUCCAGUGAGAGAGAAAAACAGACGGUCAGACAACAGCUGAUCAGCUCACAGAGACAGAAUCAAGAACUGAGACAGAGAGAGACUGAAGUGCAGGCCAAGGACAGGGAGCUAAGAGAGAAGCAGACAGUGAGAGAUGAGCUAACAAGGAAGGAGAGAGAGUUAGCUGAGACUCGACAGAAGGAGGAACAGCUGCGAUCAAGUGAGGCUCUAGUGGCUGACUUGCAGAAGGCCCAGAGAGACUCUGAGACUCGGAGAACAAAGACUCAGCCUGCUAGCCUAGCAAUAGCUGUACCCCAUGCCCAACCACCUGCAGUUAAACCACGAAAGCUCACUGUGCAGUGUCGUCGUAAGAAGCCAGCACCACGUGCAAUGGCCAGUGGAUCUGCAACAACUGAUGGUCGAUUUGCAUACUUCAACCCUGGUGACUCAAACUCAGUCUACCAAUAUGAAUGUAGUACAGAGAAAUGGGAGGAACUUCCUUCAUGUCCAUAUCAGAACUCUGGACUAGUCCUUAUUGACGGGAAACUAACUGCUGUGGGGGGAUGGGAUGGAUGUUGUUAUACUAACAAACUAUACACACUACGACGGAGGAAAUGGGUUGAAAAAUACCCUCCAAUGAACACCGCCCGUUCCAACACUGCUGUAGUUACUACAUCUGAUGGUGAAUACCUCAUUGCGAUUGGGGAAGGUGAUGAUUGGCCUGCUACAGUUGAACUAUUUCAAGUGAAGAGCAGAAGAUGGUACCAACUAACAGACUUACCACGACCUCUCCCCUCCCCUUCAGCCACAAUAUGUGGUGAUCAGUUGAAUGUGAUAGGAACUGAUGCUAAUGGCUACUCUUUUUCUCUUGCAGCGCUACCAUCAAGUGAUCAACCAAUCACAUCACCUCUCACCCUAUCCUGGAAACCUCUCCCUCCUCUACCAGUGGCAGACUCAACAGCUGCCACUCUCUGUGGACAACUAGUACUCAUUGGUGGCAGGCGAGAUGUUUCGUCAUUAGUCAAGUCCAUUCACCAGCUAGUAGAUGGACAGUGGGUGGAGAUUGGCUCUAUGACUAGUGAUAGGAGAAUGUGUUUAGUAGUCAGUCCAUCACCUCACAAGAUUACUAUAGUGGGUGGAGAUGCAAUUCUUUUUCCGGUAGAUGUUGUUGAAGAAUGUAUUGUUACACAAUGAUUUUACUGAUUUUGCUAUUGUAGCCAAAAAAUUAAUUUGAGUUGAAAAAACAAAAAAGAGUUA